AUGCUUUCCAUCAUCGCCCUCACCUCCCUCCUCACUGCCAUCUCGGCCUCCCCUUCCCCUCUCGUCGAGCGCAACAAUGGCGGUAUCCCCACGGCCACCAUCACCGUCGACUCGUCCCAGCAGUUCCAAGAGGUCGACGGCUGGGGCAACUCGCAAGCCUUCCAGCGUGCCGAGGACCUCCAGGGCAAGUUUGGCCUCUCCCCCAAGAACAUCACCUACCUCCUCGACCUCAUGUAUGACGUCGACAAGGGAGCGGGCUUCACUAUCCUCCGGAACGGUAUCGGCUCGUCCAACUCGUCCACCUCCAAUCUCAUGAACUCUAUCCAGCCCUUCAACCCCGGCGGACCGGGCAAGACCAACUACACCUGGGACGCGUACGCCUCGGGUCAAUACCCGCUCGCUAUGCAGGCCAAGCGUCGGGGUCUGCCGUACCUGUACGCCGACGCCUGGUCGGCGCCGGGAUACAUGAAGACCAACGGGGACGAGAACAACGGCGGGUACCUGUGCGGCGUCGCCAACACCUCGUGUGCGUCGGGCGACUGGAGGCAGGCGUACGCCGACUACCUCGUCCGCGAGUGGAAGUACUACGCUGCCGGCGGAGUCAACAUCACCCACCUCGGUCUCUUCAACGAACCCUCCUACUCCCCCAACUACGCCAGCAUGAACACCAACGGCACUCAGGCGGCGGAGAUCAUCAAGAUCCUCGGGCAGACGCUUGAGAGGGAGCAGAUCGAUGUCAAGAUCACGUGCUGUGAUGACUAUGGGUGGGACCAGCAGGAGAAGCUCAUGGCGGGGCUCAAGGUCAAGGGGGCGGAUGGCAAGUCGGGAGAGGACUACAUCUCGGUCGUCACCGCCCACGGAUACGCUUCACCCCCUACCUACCCCCUCUCAACCUCGCGCAAGGUCUGGCAGUCGGAAUGGGCGGAUCUCAGCGGUCAGCCCCGGUGGACCCCUUACUCGUUCUACAACGCCUCGGGUCUCGGCGUACACGAGGGCGAGGGUCUCACCUGGGCCAGCCGUAUCCAGGUCGCCUUUAGGGAUGCCAACGUCUCGGGGUUCCUUUACUGGAUCGGGGCUGAGAACGCCACCUCCAACUCGGCCCUCAUCACUACCCUCGGCGACUCGGUCUACCCCUCCAAGCGGUUCUGGGUCUUUGCCCAGUUCAGCAAGUUCGUCCGUCCGGGUGCGCGCCGUAUCCAGGCCACCAGCAACACCAUGUCGCUCAACGUCACCGCCUUCCAAAACACGGACGGUCGGGUCGCGGUCCAGGUCCUCAACAACCUCACCGACGCGUACAACGUCACCGCCUCGUUCGGUUCCAAGGGGUGCUCGUGGGCCAUCCCGUACGUCACCAACAAUGACAACGACCUGGCGCAGUGGGAGCCGAUCAAGACGGCAGAUGAUGGGAGCUUUACGGGGUAUGUGCCGGCUAGGUCGCUGGUCAGCUGGGUCCAGAAAUGGGAGUGA